CCACGUUAACACCGUCCUUUUUCUUGUACCCAUGUUAUGUUAUGUUAUGCACUGCAAAUGCAAAGCAAACCUCGUUCUUCUUUCUAUCUGUUAUAACUUUCAUCCCCACUUUGUUCAUAAAAAACUCUGAACACAACAAAGAGUCUCUAUUGCAUUUCCACAAGCAAUUUACCUCCAUUCCCAAACACACCCUUCUCCGCAAAACUCUCCCUUUCUCCAAAGCCACCGUCUUUCCCUGCGUUCAAUCGUUUAUCUUUCUCUGAACUCUGAAAAUUUUAUACCCUUAUGGAAAAGGAACCUCUGCUUCCAUAUUUCAGCCCCAGAAAGAAGCCCCUGGCAUUGUCACCGCUAUGUCCCUUGCCAGAGCACGAGGACAUGGUUCUUCCAAUGACCCCGAUGGAAUUCAAGGACCGCCUCAUCUUUGGUCCUGCUUGUGCUACCCCAAGGGACCCUACACCUUUGGCCGAUGCCUUAAUACUUCCCCUCAAUUCCCCAAAAUGUUCCUCUUCUACGUCGCAGGACUGUGCAUCGCCAUCACGGUUUGAUUCCCAGUCGCAACAACCAUCCGCUUGGCUCCUUGACCCCAAUUACUCCUGGCGGAAAACAAACCUUCAUCGCUCCAAAACCGCGCCUGCCAUGGCGGUGAUCAGCGAUUUCAACCCCCAAUCCUCUGUGCCAAGGCCGCAAUUUGGCAGCCAGAGUAUUGUGCGCCAGGGUGUGAUUCUUCUUGUUCUUUAUUUGGCAUUAGGGGUUGUCAUUUAUUGGUUCAAUCGUCAUAAUUUUUCAGCUUCCGAGACUCAUCCUGUAGUUGAUGCAUUGUAUUUUUGUAUAGUCACAAUGUGCACAAUAGGAUAUGGUGACAUCACUCCGAAUAGCACAGCCACUAAACUUUUCUCUAUAUUGUUUGUGUUGGUGGGGUUUGGAUUUAUAGACAUAUUGCUGAGUGGGAUGGUUAGCUAUGUGCUUGAUUUGCAAGAGAAUCAUAUGUUGACGGCAGUGAAGGGGAGGAGGGGUGAGAAGGAUGGAAAGUCUUAUAUAAUUGAUGUGAAGAAAGGGAGGAUGAGGAUUCGAUUGAAGGUGGCGCUGGCGUUGGGAGUUGUGGUGAUUUGUAUUGGGGUAGGUGUGGCGGUUAUGCAUUUUGUGGAGAAGCUUGGUUGGUUGGACUCUUUUUAUCUUUCAGUUAUGUCGGUUACUACGGUUGGGUAUGGAGACCAUGCUUUCAAGACCAUGCAUGGCAGGAUCUUUGCUGCAAUUUGGUUGCUUGUGUCUACUCUUGCCGUGGCUCGAGCGUUCCUCUAUUUGGCUGAGGCAAGAGUGGAUAAGCGGCACAGGAUGAUGGCGAAGUGGAUUCUUGGUCAGGAUAUGACUGUUUCUGAGUUUCUUGCAGCAGACAUAGACAACAAUGGCUUUGUGAGGUAUGGACUGUUUCAUUUCGAUCUCAUAAGAAGUCAGUGAUUUUUGGCAUUAAUAGAUGUUCUUGUUCAUGAAAGUAGAGCACAGAAAUGUAUUUACCACCUAGUUGUACAAGGCCCCCACCCCAUGCAUUAUGAACCACUUUUUGAAAUAGGAAUUUAGAAAUUGAAUGCCUACUGAUAUCACUCGACUAAUUUUCAAUUUUUUCACUUACUUUGCUUCUAUUUUCUCACUGAUUUGUUACAGUGAUUGUAGUAGAAUUGAGCCUCAAUAAUCGAAUGAUUAAUUGGUUCUUUUUUUGAUUUCUUUUUAUUGGCAUCAUUAUAAGCAUUUGUAUCCAAAACCCAUCAGUUGACCUAAAACUGUAUAUGGUUCCUUGGUAAAUUGGACAGCUUGCAUACCGUCAUAAACUUUGUUUGAAAAAGUGAAACUUGAAAAGGUAAAUGGUGGAUUAAACCAUAAGAAUGACAAAAGGGAAAAUAGGAAAUAGGAUGUUGAUGGAAUUGAUCAAACAUAUCCUUUGCCUAGACUUGCUACCAAAUAUUCAAUAAUUCUUAGUGUUAGAUAAUUCUCUAGAAGUAGUCCCCUUAUCAUAUUCCUUUUAAUCGUGAUUUAUUUUCAUAAUUAUCUAGGAUUAUGAUUAUAUAAAUCAGAGGUAUGCUAUAGGUUUCAUGAACAUAUUAAAUACAUCAAAUACAUUGUAACACAUCAUUAUUUGGUUUCAUCAUGAGAUUAGAGUGGCACCAUUCUUCAUGAUCCGUCCUGUCACUACUUUGCUACUGAGCACUCUAAAAUUUGGAGUUAUAUUUUAAUUUCAUGAUUAUCCUUGCAAAUUAAUUGUCUUUUGUGUUAUGUUAACCCUUUUACGUCUUAACACCCUUGCACUAUGUUAUUCCUUCCUGCUGGUCCAGGCUUCUUCUGUUUGUGUUUUUCAUUCCGGUGGUCUCCUUCUCCAUCCUAGCUUUCAGCAUGCAUUUUAUCAGCGUGUUUCAGGAAUUUUUGACUACUGUGUGCUCCUUCUGGUAGUUCUUGACAAUCUAUUUUAUUGGUUUCUUCCAUCACUGUGACAUCAUGGGCAUGCACUAACACCCAUGUUUCUCUUCAGACUUUUAUCUCAUCCUCCACUCAUUUUUUCAGAGUGUUUUGUCUUUAUUCUGUUAAUCUCUUUUAUUGAUUUCUACUACUGUGAUAUCUCCAGGAUGAUAUCACCGUUUGUCUUUGGUUCUUGUCUCUCCUCACAUGAACUUUUCUGAUGUUUUUCAAUUAAUUUCAAGUCGUCUUUGCCAAUCCUGCACAGUCAUGUCUGAUUCACCCAAGUUCAAACCUCAAUCUUUUCAGUAAUUUUUGUCAUUGUUUGGUUCAACUUCAAAUGCAUCAAGUACCCCCUUUUGAAGUACGAAUUAUUAAUUCCUAGAGAUAUUAACUAAGUUUUUGGCAUUUACUCCAGUAAUAUAAAAUAUGAUGUAAUUGUUGAGUAUGCUCAUAUCUAGUGGUGCGUAGUAUUCAUUCAUUAUUUAGUGCCAGUUCAAUUUCUUGGUACAUGAUUUUACUUCUUAGGCUUCUUCUUGUUGCAAACAUCAAAUCACAAAACUAGACAAUAAAAUUCUUAACCAAGAAGUGUGUUUUUUAUUGGGCUGUUACAAUAAUUGGCAUGCUUUACCUGCUCAACACGGUGACCUACAUCAGUGUUUCCAUUUGUGUCUAUGUGAUGUUUUCCUCAUUAUGUUAGAUUGUACUGAGUUUAAGCUUAGAACCAGAUGGCUAUAAUGUCCAUUAUUCAAUGCCAGUUCCUGUGUUCUUUUGGAAUGGAAGUAGAGCAUUAUGUUGUACUCUAUCACCUUGCCUCAUAAUAUUGUUAUUGCAUCAUUCUGGCUCCAGUUGUAUCUUGAAUCUGGAUCAAACUAAUUCAAACAAAACUGACAUCUAUAGUUGUAGUAGAUAAGGAGGACG